AUGCAUUCAAUCGUCGGUUUGGUCGAGGAUAAAUCCACACAUUCGGUGGCAUCCGAGCCGCCUUUCAUUACUCAGUACUUCAUUUCCACCUGCCACAAGCCCAUUGGCGUCGAAUCGGCACUCCAUCCGACUAUUGAUCUUGUGCUAAACCGCCACCUCUUUGAACAAGAUGGACCUCAGUCGUCGGAGCUUCAAGUCCAGCGCCGCGAACCAGCGCCGCCCCUUUGGCGCAAUCACUUGGCUGUAUCUGAUUCUCUGCAUUUUUGCCGUCCCGAUACCAAGGGCAGCUCGAAUCGCGCGUUUGAUGACCUCUGA